AUGGAAGAGCCGAGCGGUGAUCACUGUGUGGAUGUUCCUAUUGAACAGGACACAGGGUCCACCUAUAGCCGUGGCACUCCGUUCGAGUAUGCAGUCCUGCUCACCAUCAUCGCCAACUGUGUGGUCCUGGCCCUGGAAGAACAUCUGCCACAGAACGACAAGACCCCGCUAGCAAAGAAACUGGAACAAACGGAGACUUAUUUCCUCGGCAUUUUUUGUGUAGAAGCAUCCCUUAAAAUCUUAGCAUUAGGUUUUGUACUUCAUCGCGGCUCAUACCUUCGUAACAUUUGGAACAUCAUGGAUUUUUUCGUUGUAGUAACAGGGUUCGUCACAAUAGUCUUUACGGAUUUCACAAAAUUAGAUAUGGAUCUGCGCACUUUGAGGGCUAUUCGAGUGCUCAGGCCUCUCAAACUGGUCUCUGGUAUUCCAAGUCUACAGGUUGUGCUCAAAUCCAUCAUCAAGGCGAUGGCACCCCUGCUACAGAUCGGGUUGUUGGUGUUGUUUGCCAUCGUCAUAUUCGCCAUCAUUGGGCUGGAGUUCUACUCGGGGGCGCUGCACAAAACCUGCUACAGCCUAGAAGACUUGAGGAAGAUCGUACCAGAGGGUGAGAGUGAAACGCCAACUCCUUGUAAUACGGACAAUAGAACUGAGUCGCCUACAGGUGGCAAGGGUAGCGAGGGAAGGGGCGAUGUAGACACCCCUUAUCUCCCUGUGAGUUCCACAUCACUGUGGAAUGCGGAUUAA